AUGGCUUUAUGUGUUUAUAUCAUGUUCCUAUUAGAUGAAGCUAGAGGAAAGCGUGAUGGUGGUCUUUACCUUAUGCGUUUGUUUCCAGCAGUGCUGAACUUGGCUUCUAAUGCUGUCAUCACCACAAAUGCUACCUGUGGUAAAAGAGGUCCAGAAAUGUACUGUAAGUUGGUGGAACAUGUCCCUGGCCAGCCAGCAAGAAACCCUCAAUGCCGCAUCUGUGACGAGCUCAGUAACAAUCCAAAUUUGAGACAUCCCAUAUCAAAUGCAAUCGAUGGCAAGAAUACAUGGUGGCAAAGCCCUAGCAUUCAAAAUGGAAUGGAAUAUCACUACGUGACCAUCACACUUGACUUACGGCAGGUAUUCCAGAUUGCUUAUGUCAUUGUAAAAGCAGCUAAUGCACCCCGGCCUGGAAACUGGAUUUUGGAGCGUUCAUUAGAUGGUAACAACUACAAACCCUGGCAGUACUAUGCUAUCACGGAUACAGAAUGUCUGACUCGUUAUAACAUUACUCCUCGCACCGGACCUCCCUCAUAUGCAAAAGAUGAUGAAGUUAUAUGUACUUCAUAUUAUUCCAAAAUCCAUCCACUAGAAAAUGGAGAG